UGAUAUCUAGCUCACAUCUCUACUACCAUAUGACUUUUCGACAAGACGCAAGAAAAAUACCACAAAAUUAGGCAAUUUGAACACACAUAACUGCAGCGUAUCGAUGUUGUAGCAGCGCCCAAAAUGGCGGGCAUCCCGGUGGAAUUCGAUGAGACGGCGGUCAAUCAGUUCAGCUGCAAACGUUGCGACCGAACGUUUAAGAGCAAACGCGAUCAGACACUGCAUCGGCAAGAGGUGCACAACCACAACAAAACUACCUAUGAGUGCAAACUGUGCGCCAAGAGUUUCUGCAACAGUGGCAACCUCGACCGCCACAUGAAGGUGCACAACGAUGUGCGGCCGUUUGUGUGCAACAUAUGCUCCAAGGCGUUCGCACAGGCCGUCAACCUGCAGCGACACUAUGCCGUACACAGCGGUGAGCGUCCAUAUCAGUGCAACUUCUGCAACAAAUCCUUCACGCAGCAAAGCAAUAUGAAGCGCCACAAAAUGACACACACCGGCGAGAAGCCGUUUCGAUGCCAGCGUUGUGGCCGCUACUUCUCGCAACUGGUCAACCUUAAGAAGCACAAGCUGGGCCAUCUAAAUGCCAAGCCGUAUCAGUGCAAUUACUGUGAGAAGGGCUUCACGCAACUGUCCAAUUUCAAACGGCACCUGCAGUCGCACAUUAAGGAAGGCGUCGAUGUCGAUGUGCCGGGUGCGAUACAAGCAGCCACGGCGUUGGCGCGAGAGCGACUGGAGGCCGAACAGAAACCUAGUUUCUUUGAGUGCAUGGUCUGUCGUGCCAUUUUUGAGACGUUUGGGGACUAUGAGAAGCACGAGAGCAAGUGUCAUGAGGAACAUGAACGCACUCAGCUAGAAGUUAAUCAAAUGGCGCAUAUGCAUGCGGACGACUACUUGCCGAUGAAGUUUUCGGUGCCCGAUUUGGAUACGCACGAGAUCAUUAUUGAGACUACACACUAAUGCCACCCACAUGAAAUCAUACACACACACAAACCCACACCCACAUACACCGCAACAAAUCCAACAUCUUCACUCAGCGGGAAAGAGAGCGAGAGAGAUGGCAAACAUAUGUGAAGAUGCACCUGUAACAUGUCGCUACGUACGUUUAUGGAAGUCGUCAAUGAAUAUGCAGGCCAACAUAUUUCUUAUAAAUAAAUGCAAACACAUAAUGAAAAUAA